GAAAUUAUCACAGCCGAUUCGUGUCUCUGUAUCGAUAAUUCGAUAUCCAUCUCUUCGUCUGGUCGUUGCGAAGACGAAACAGAGACAGAGAGGAGACGAGACCAGAGGCACGAGAGAGAGAGAGCGCGCGGAGAGAAGACCGUCGCCGCCGCUUUACGUUCAGGCCCAGGCCCAGCCCUUACCAACCCCCACCUUUGCUGUUCAACCCCCACAGAUUUUCUCGCGAAUCAGCCGCCGAGGGAGAGAAGCGAGCCGCCGGCGACGAGGCGAAGAUGUCGUACCUGCUGCCGCACCUGCACUCCGGGUGGGCGGUGGACCAGGCCAUCCUCGCCGAGGAGGAGCGCCUAGUCAUGAUCCGCUUCGGCCACGACUGGGACGAGACCUGCAUGCAGAUGGAUGAGGUGCUGGCAGGGGUAGCUGAGACCAUAAAGAACUUUGCAGUGAUCUAUCUCGUUGACAUCACCGAGGUUCCCGACUUCAACACUAUGUACGAGCUGUAUGACCCGUCAACAGUGAUGUUCUUCUUUCGCAACAAGCACAUCAUGAUUGAUCUCGGGACAGGAAAUAAUAACAAGAUCAACUGGGCAAUGAAAGACAAGCAAGAGUUUGUUGACAUUGUGGAGACUGUUUACAGAGGAGCUCGGAAAGGUCGUGGUCUGGUGAUUGCUCCAAAGGAUUACUCCACCAAAUACCGUUACUAAGGUGUUUGUGUCUAGCUGCUCUUGGCCUAAUCUAUUUGCUAAAAUGCCAGUACUCAGGCAUGUGAGCCAUGACAUGAAGUCUGUCGACUAUCAAGUGUUGUGUAACUGUAUGUCUUUAUCUUGAAUCUUGGUAUCUCAUAAACGAAACCUGCAAUCCAUAGAAACAGGCUGUGUUGUUGUCUAUCGGCAUGGCCGAUAAAACUGAUUGUUGGUUUGAAUCAUAUAUGAAUUGCUAAAUCCAGAGUCAUCUCCUGUGUA